GGGAUUACGUGAGAUUUCUAUUUUUGUAAACACGUGAAUGGUACGAUGGCUUGCCAAUGUUGCACAAGUGGUUUAGCGGUGUCGGCAGUGGUUGCUGCAGUUCUGCUGGUACCCACUCACUACUACGAACCGAGUGCUGAGGACCCAAGUGCGGGGAAACCGGUGGCAUCCCCCGACUCUCAGGAAGACGAGCUCGCGUCCUCACUGGCCCGAGCCGACGUCGUCAUACUCGCCGCGUUCGUCACGGUCACCCUGACCGCAUACCUCUGCGACUGGAUACAGAGGAAGCUAAUGGAGAGGCGUAUCAACAAGCUGAACGAGCGUCUGUCAGCGAGCGUGUCGCGGCUGCGGGAGUGGGAGGAGCGGCGGACGCGGCAGGAGGCCUCCCUGCGCGCCGUGCAGGCCGCCACCUCCGAGUACAACCUGCUGCUGUACCUGCUGCUGCAGCGCCACCGCCCCCCCGCCGCCUCCGUCUCGGCGCCCGCGCUCGACACGCUCGAAAACGAGCGAGAUUUUAUUAUAUUUUGA